AUGGCUGAUCCUCCCGACGAUGUUUCUCAAUUCCAGUCUCAAGAGCCUCCUGGUCCAUCAGGCCGUGGGCACCGCCAGCCUCGCUCCACUACACGCCUUGAAGGUCACCUUGAUUCUAUUGCAAAAUCGCAAGCACGACGUCAGCUAUAUGAAGCUCGCAAGCUGGCUCAGAAAAGCAUGGAUGUACCAGUCCAGUCGCUGCCGCAGAGUUACACUGGCAUGCUUCCGAUCUCUCUGUCUACUCUGACGGCCACAGAGGCCUCUCACGAGCAGGCCUUCAUGCAGCAGAUGUGGCAGCCACCCGAUACCUCUACAGUUCAAGAGCCGCACAAUAUGUUUAUGUCCAGCACGAUGCCCGAAAUUGCUCAUCGCAAUUUAGAUAAUUUUAAUUUCGAGUCCCUUACAUUUGAUACUCUUGCCCAAGCUCAUUCGUACACAUAUAACCCGUCAACCCCUUCCAUUCACACUGCCCCUAAUCAAUUACUCCUUCAGCAUGAUGCAUCAACAGCAAUCACGUUGGAUCAGAGUUUCGAACGCCAGGAACUAGCUCUGCACGUGCCCGGUUCCUCAAGGCCUUCUCCCGAUGAACCCGGUGAUGAAUGUGCCAUGACUACUCAAUCUGAUAGCCAACUUGUUGACCAGCCCCUUCCGCGUGGGAUGCAGAUGAUCAGUUCGACCCCUGUAUCCCUCCCAGUGCAUCGUGUCAGUAAACACGGUCUUGUCCACCGCAUUCCUGCGCGCACGGCAAGUACUCCAAAACCCACUCAGACCCUCGUUCCUACUGCACGCAAGCCUCAUUUAGUACGACGAGUCACGGGCUCCAGAGUUCAGCGACCCGCAUUGGGUAACUCCGCAGCAAUCAAUACUUUGCAGCGUAUGGGCACUGUUACUGCACAUACGCAGGACAGUCCCAGUCUCACGACUGGCGCUGGGCAAAAUGUGAUGAGUACCCCGACCUCAUCUAAUGACGGAUGUAUCGAGGCGCUCGAGGACGAUGACACUUCUGCCGAGGACGCAGAGGAUCUCCCUCCCACGAAGAAGCCCAAAAAAACUCUGCGCGACCGCAGUGCACGUGGACUCACAGCGGAGCGCCAUGCGAUUAUUGUCGUGGUGUACCAGCACUUCAAGCUCAUGCUGUGCACAGAGGGUGCAUAUCCGGUGUCGGCAGAUGAGGACAGGAUGAUAGCAGAAGCUUGGACUAUAGCUUGUGGCGAGAAGGAAACCCCGGACGACCUGGUCCCCACCGAGCAGGAGCGCUUGUUGGUGCGAACGCGUGCCACGCAAGUACGCAGUGCUCUCAAGAGUCUUGCACGGCAACUGCUGGAGAAGCACUACGGUUUCAAGCAGGGCCUUACUGCUGAAAUCAAGGAGUACAACCGUGCCCUUGUGGCAUUAUUGAAGCCAAAGGUUGCAUUCGCACAUAUAGAUCCACACAAUCCGACGACGAUGUGUCGUCACCCAAUCAUCGCGGAAAUCAUCACAAGGAUGUGGUUCAAAGAUGCCGAAGAUGAUGGUGUGCAUCAUCCCGAGUACUUCGAGAAUGGCCUAGUGAUGCUACUCGCCCUCGUCCUAACAGAGAUUGAAUGUGCCAUUGAUGAAUGGGCUACGGGGAUCCAUCGCGCUGUCGAACUUCGCGCUCCGAAGUACAAGCAGAAUUACGAAAGGCACCUCCGAGAGCUUCGCAAGUGGGAGAGGUACUCGAGUACGCGGUCGAAAGCCCCGCAGUGCAUGCAAGAUGACUUACUGAAGACACUCAGAGCGAAUGCAGGUGUUUCGGAUCAAUCAAAUAAUUCCGCAGCUGAGGAGGAUCUGUCUGACGAUGACUUUGCUACGUACGAGAUAUGA